CUGGGAUGAUUAUGCCAUCCAGCUGCUAGAUGCAAAUAACUGAAGAAUCUGUUUAGAAGGAAUGAAAUUGUUGUAUUAGUUGAAGUUACAAAGCCUCAGUCUCUUCACAGUGCUGUGAUGGACUAUACAAAUUCGUGAAUUGUAAAGCUGUAUGAUAUACAGAUCUUGAGAAGCCAGUGUGUGCCUAUCAAGGAGAGACAGAGAGAAGGAAGGAGAUAAAAGGAAGCAGAAAAAGCUUGGUGACAUUUAAUCUUGUGGAAAGAAGUAUAUUUUGUUCUUAUUUUUAGCUGGUUGCUUUGUACUGAUAUUUUUUCUUUCUAUAUCAGAAUUCAUUAUUUCAGAUUUAUAAUGAAACUGAACAUAUUCUUUGUAAAAUCUCAGUAACAGUUCUUGUACGGACAGGAGUCUGGCAGUUCUGCACUUUUUUUAGUGGUAGUACUGUGUGUGGUUUUUUGCUUGCCUAAUGUGUUACCAUGUAGUUCUGAGAAAAAAAUACAAGAAAAUAUUGUCUUUCAAACAUUUGUUCUGAGCUGUCUCUUGGAAAGACAUAAGUGAGAAUCAAAGAAAUUAAAAGUUAGGUGAGCUUGGCAGCAAAUAUGCAGGUAUCUUUUGUAUGCUCGGAACACAAUUUAAAAAGUCGGAGUGUAGAAGAUCGAUUGAACCGACAGAAUGCUAGUCCUAGCAUUGGAACUCGAGGCAAGUUUAAAGCAGUGGCCAUGGUUGCCCGAAGCCUUGGACAGUUGUCAGUGCAAAAUGUUCAAUCAUCUAGUGAUUCAAGCAUGAAACAACCAGGAAUGAAAUACAGGAACCUUGGAAAGUCUGGACUUAGAGUUUCUUGCCUUGGAUUAGGGACAUGGGUAACUUUUGGAGGUCAGAUUACUGAUGAGAUGGCUGAGCAGCUAGUGACUCUUGCUUAUGAGAAUGGAAUCAAUCUGUUUGAUACAGCUGAGGUUUAUGCUGCUGGCAAGGCAGAAAUUGUGCUAGGAAACAUUAUAAAGAAAAAAGGCUGGAGAAGGUCAAGUCUAGUCAUCACCACCAAAAUAUUCUGGGGAGGAAAGGCAGAGACUGAAAGAGGAUUAUCAAGAAAGCAUAUAAUAGAAGGCCUGAAGGCUUCAUUAGAACGAAUGCAGCUGGAGUAUGUUGAUGUGGUGUUUGCUAAUCGACCAGAUCCCAACACACCUAUGGAAGAAACUGUGAGGGCUAUGACCCAUGUUAUCAAUCAAGGCAUGGCAAUGUACUGGGGCACAUCUCGAUGGAGUUCCAUGGAAAUAAUGGAAGCAUAUUCGGUAGCCCGACAAUUCAAUUUGAUUCCACCAAUCUGUGAACAGGCUGAGUAUCACAUGUUUCAACGAGAAAAGGUGGAAGUACAGUUACCAGAACUUUUCCAUAAAAUUGGUGUUGGUGCUAUGACUUGGUCUCCAUUAGCUUGUGGAAUUAUUUCAGGAAAAUAUGAUGGCGGAAUACCCCCCUAUUCUAGAGCAUCACUAAAGGGGUACCAGUGGUUAAAGGACAAAAUCUUGAGUGAAGAAGGUAGACGACAACAAACAAAAUUAAAAGAAUUGCAAGGCAUUGCCGAGAGACUUGUCUGUACUCUCCCACAGUUAGCAAUUGCUUGGUGUUUAAGGAAUGAAGGUGUUAGCUCUGUUCUCCUGGGGGCUUCCAAUACAGACCAGCUGCUGGAGAAUAUUGGAGCAAUUCAGGUACUUCCAAAGCUGUCUUCUUCUGUUGUACAUGAAAUUGAUAGUAUUCUGGGUAACAAGCCAUUCAGUAAAAAGGACUAUCGAUCGUAAUGAUGAGUGCACGCUAUUUGGACUGUUACAGUAUGCUACUGUUUUCCUGUUUUGCCUGCUUGAGCUUUUACUAAAGCUAAUUGAAGAUUGCAGUACAUCAGGAACGUUUCUAGAGAUUGUAGAAAAUAUAAAAUUUCUAGAAAGGCUCUUACUCGGAGAAAGCACAUGGCUGACUUGAUGGAAUAUCAAUAUUUUUUUACUUUCCAUUUUUUAGUUAAAUCCAGUUGUACAAAGUGUUAAAGUUGGUGAUCUCACUGUAUUGCAACAAUUAUUAAAACUCAACUUGUUUCCUUUUAAGUGGAGAGGGAAAAUUCAGUUUAGUAAAAUGUCAGGUACCAUAAAAGCUUUAACAUUUUCUCUAAAGUGUUUAAUUAAAGACUGUUGUAACCACAUUUAUCCAAACCUCAAUAUAAAAAGCAGCUUAACAUAGGACACAGAAUUUUCCCUCCUUUGUUUACAAGUUCAGGAGCAAAAAACAUUUGCAUUCUUUACAGAAAGUUAAUUUACAAACUGGACUAUUUCUGUGUCUAUAUGUAUAUCCAUAUACAUACAUACAUACAUACAUAUAUAUAUAUAUA